CUCCUCGAGGCGGGCGUGUGGCUCGCGUUAGCGGCGGCGGCGGGAGACAGCGCGGCCCUCGGCCCCUGAGGCGGUGCGGAUCGCUGCGGCCCUCCCUGCACUCUUCCCGCAGAGCCGCCCGGCCCGUCCGCGGGAGCGCCGCUCGGCCGCCGCCGCCGCUCCGUGAGAGGCGCCGCGCAGGCCUGCGCCUCGCCCGGCGGGCCCCGCGCCGUCUCAGCCAUGGCCACCUACAAGCCGGUGGUGGUCCAGGCGCACCCCAAGCUAGGGGAGAGGAUCACGCAGGACACAGUGUACUGGCGGGCCUACAAGACCCCUGUUCAGAUAAAGGAAUUUGGUGCAGUAAAUAAAAUUGACUUCUCCCCAGUUCCUCCGUAUAACUAUGCCGUCACAGCCUCCUCAAGGAUCCACAUUUACGGCCGUUACUCUCAGGAACCAAUCAAGACGUUUUCUCGCUUCAAAGAUGCUGCUUAUUGUGCCACAUACAGAGAUGAUGGCAAUCUGCUUGUUGCUGGCAGUGAAGAAGGUAGCAUUCGCCUCUUUGACAUUAGUGGAAAAGCACCGCUGAGGCAAUUUGAUGGUCAUACUAAAGCUGUUCAUGUAGUGGGCUUCCUGUCUGAUAAAUACCGAAUAUUUUCUGGUGGUGAUGAUUAUUCAUCAAAUCUGUGGGAUAUUCCAAGUGCUACAGAAAUCGUCUCAUACAGUGAACACACUGACUACGUGAGAUGCGGCUGUGCAAGUAGAGUGAAUGCUGAUGUCUUUAUAACAGGUUCCUAUGAUCACACUGUGAAACUCUUUGAUGCACGAACAAAAAGUAGUGUCAUGACAAUAGAACAUGGCCAGCCUGUGGAGAGUGUGCUUCUGUUCCCGUCUGGUGGGCUUCUGGUAUCUGCAGGAGGUCGAUACGUCAAAGUUUGGGAUGUACUAAAAGGUGGACAAUUACUAGUUUCACUUAAAAAUCACCAUAAAACUGUAACUUGUUUAUGCCUGAACAGCUCUGGACAAAGGUUAUUGUCAGGAUCUCUGGACAGGCAUGUGAAGAUUUACAGUACUACUUCCUACAAAGUAGUCCACAGCUUUAACUAUGCAACAUCCAUCCUCAGUCUUGCACUGUCGCCUGAAGAUGAAACCAUAGUCGUAGGCAUGACCAAUGGAGUGCUAAACGUUAAACACAGAAAACCUGAAGAAAGGAAAGAAAAGUCUCAAAAGAAGAGACAACCAGCGUAUAGAACCUAUGUGAAAGGAAGAACUUACAUGCCAAAACAGGAAGAUUUCUGUGUCAGUAAACCUGUAAAACGUGUUUUGAGGAAAUACGACAAGCUGCUGAAGAGCUUUCACUCUUCCAAGGCUCUUGAUGCAGUACUAGAGCCACCCAUCAGGCUUUAUACUCCUGAAGUUACAGUUGCAGUCAUGCAGGAACUACAUCGCAGAGGAACGCUGAGGAGUGCACUUGCAGGCCGAGAUGAGAAGCAGAUUAAUCUCCUUCUUACCUUUGUGGCAAGGCGUGUGAUUGAGCCUCGAUUUACUCCUGUACUGGUCACUGUUGCAGAUAUGAUCACUGACAUUUAUCACCCUGUGGUUGGGCAGUCAGCUAUUGUUGAUAGACAAUUCCUGAGACUCCAGGAAGCCAUAGGAAAAGAGAUUGACUAUCAAGAGGAACUACUAGAAGUUUUGGGAAUGAUGGAUACACUAUUUGCUACUUUUACUAAGAAAAGAGCUACUUAUCUAGAAGAGAACAAAAGUAAUGGUCUUAGACCAUUGAAACAAGUAUGAAUAGGUGACUGACAACUAUCGCAACAAAUUGUCACAAAAAUAAUGUGGACUUGAAAUAUACGACCAGUUCCCGUGGUAGCUUUUUAUAAUAGUGACUUUCAGAAUAAGCCCCUCUGUGCUGAAGUUUUGUCUUCCAAACUGUGUUUUUGGAUAGGCUCAAACUACUGAAGACAGAAAGAAGGAUGAUCUUCCAUGCAAUAUUUUUCAAACAAUGGAAUUUUAAAAUUUUAUUCCAAAGUUAUGUAACUUUUAAAGUGUUUUGUGCAUUCAGUACUAAGUCAUUAUUUGAUUUAGAGAAACAUUUAACACUUUUCAGUUUUUAUUUACCAGAAGAUAAUUUAGUCUAAUUUUAAUGUGUCAUUGUCCUUAUUUAAGGUUAAUAUUCCAUCUCACCUACUUGGGCAUAGGAAUAAAACCAUGUAUGCCUUUGAUAAAACUUGACUACAUUGUGUUUUCUCGCCCUGCUUCAUCUCCAUUUCAGAAUUCCAUGAAUUCAUACGAAACAGCAAAAUGACUCAAGAAAACAAGUGCAUGUUAUUUUUUGUUUUGUUUAGUGCAACAGAAGAAAUAUGCUUUUCUAUAUUGAAAAUUUUGCUAGUUUCAUUUUUUUAAAGAGUGCAUAUAUGUUUAUGAAUUAUAAUUCUCUAGAAAAUAGAUAAUUCUUACUUCUAAAGGGAAAUUAAUUCCCAUUAAUGUAGUAUGCAAGUAAACUGCACACCAGUGUGAAAAUCCUCAUUAAGUAAAAGAACUUAAUUUUCAUGUAAUUCUAUCACUUCCAGUGUACAGUAGAUGCAAUUUGAGUCUACGCUGUUGUCAGUAUGUAUUUGUUGACUUCAAGCAGUGCUGGAGAAAGAUGGUAUGCUUUGCUUUGGAAAGACAGGUGUGCCAAAGGCUGCUCAACACAUACAGGGUGACAGUAGGAUAGAACUUUGUCCUUAACCUGUUUACUGUGACUUGCAUUUUCUGCCAGGCCUGGAAUUUAUUUGAGAUAUGAUAUGAAUUUCUUGCAAAAGGAAUUUGCUCAAGUGUGGCAGUGAAAGGUGGGUAUCAGUGGUAAAAUAACUUGAAAAUUUUUGCAAAUUCCACCGAAAAUCUUAACAACCUUUGACUGAGAAUUGUGGAGCAGUAUCUGGUCUGCCCUUAAAUUCAUAUGUGAGCAAUAUGUCUUCCUGGCUACAGUGAUUUGCUGGUUUUGAAGACUUGCAAUAAUAGGUAAGAAUAAGGAGCAUGUUCAUGCAAACUUUAAACUUUUGGUUUCUUUACUGCUUACUUUACUUUUUUUUUUUUUGUUUCUGCUAAUAGCUCUGAACUUUCAUCUGUUAGGAAAUCUGUGUGCUACUUUACAUUAUUUGACUUAAUCAGGCAAUGUCUCUUAGGAGACUUCACACAAAAUGAGUUUUCUGGGGGAGGCUUUUCCUGGAGCCUCCUUAUUCCAUGACCCUUCAGUAGUGCUUGGAGCUGAAGGUGGACAUUUCUCUUGGCAGUCUAGUGUUCCAUGGCUUGAAAACCACUGAACUUGACAUCAAACAUAUUCUUCGUUCUCACUGAUGAUAUUGUCUAAAGUACAUAUCCAUUGUAGUGCCUUGAAGUUUGAGGUGCAGCUAGCAGAACCAUAGAAGGAAUUUAGAUUAAAAUAGAUCAGUUUAAUCUAAAUUGGAGUAAGAUGGAUUUGAUGCGUGGACUGUUCAGUGGAUGAGGAGUUGGUUGGAUGAUGGUGUCCAGAGGAUAGUGGUCAAUGGCUCGGUGUCCAAAAGAUCAGCGAUGAGUGGUGUCCCUAAGGCAUCUGUACUGGGAUCAGUGCUGUUCAAUAUCUUCAUCAAUGACAUAGUGGGAUUAAGUUCACCCUCAGCAAGUUUGCAGAGGACACCACGCUGAGUGGUGCAGUUGAUGUGCCUGAGGGACAGGAUGCCAUCCAAAGGGACCUGGACAAGCUGGAAAGGUGGGCCUGCAAGAACCGCAUGAAGUUCAACAGGCCAAGUGCAAGGGCUGGGGCAACCCGCAGUGUCAGUGCAGGCUGGGGUGUGAAGGGAUUGAGAGCAGCCCUGUGGAGGAGGACUUGGGGGUGCUGGUGGAUGCAGAGAUGGACAUGAGCCAGCAAUGUGCAUUUGCAGCCUAGAAAGCCAACUGUAUCCUGGGCUGCAUCAAAAGAUGUGGCCAGCAGGUCAAGGGAGGUGAUUCUGCCGCUCUGCUUUUCUCUGGUGAGACCCCACCUGCAGUGCUGCGUCCAGCUCUGGGGCCCUCAGCACAGGAAGGACGUGGACCUGAUGCAGCGGGUACGGAGGAAGGCCACAAAAACGAUCUGAGGGCUGGAGCCCCUCUGCUAUGAGGACAGGCUGGGACAGUUGGGGUUGUUCAGCCUGGAGAAGAGAAGGCUGUAGGGAGACCUUAUUGCAGCCUUUCAGUACUUAAAGGGGGCUUAUAAGAAAGAUGGGGACAGACCUUUUAGUAGGGCCUGUUGCGAUAGGACAAGGGGUAAUGGUUUUAAACUAAAAGAGGGUAGAUUCAGACUGGAUAUAAGGAAGGCAUUUUUUACGCUGAGGGUGGUGAAACACUGGAACAGGUUUCCCAGAGAGGUGGUAGAUGCCCCAUCCCUGGAAACAUUCAAGGCCAGGCUGGAUGGGGCUCUGAGCAACCUGAUCUAGUUGAAGAUGUCCCUGCUCAUUGCAGGGGGGUUGAACUAGAUUUCUAGCUGAGUUUCUGCUACUUGAGUAGAAGCAGCCAGUCGUACUAUGAGUUCUACUGGGUUCACUACCUCUAUGUUGAAAGCUAGUAUUUGUUCAGCUGACCCCUAGUCUGCUUGCCAGACUUGUCUGUUCUUUAUCUCUGCUCUUGCCUGUUAUGAAAAUUAAUACUGGGUUUUUUCCAUUUAGUAAGUUUUUUCUUUUACAUUAUGCAAAUUUUUCUUCAGUACCUACAUAAUUAAGUUACAGAGGAGCCAGAAUAAGAUGCUGUGAUACCACUGUGGUGCCUGUUGUUCAUGUUCUGAUUUUAUUUAAUUAUAUAUUUAAUAUAUAGCUUCAAAUUUUAGCUUUUUAAUAGGCUGCUGGUUAAAUAAAAUAGCAGGGGAAAAAAGUUCAUUUAGGUAACAGUUUGCAGGGGUCUCUGUGGUGGUAAAUGUUAAAAAUAUAUUAGUGCAGUGCCAGGCAUGCAUAUUUUUGUUUUACAGGUGAACAUUUAUUUAUAUGAAAAUGUAAUUAUUUUCCAGCAGUGCAUUACCUUAUGCACCAGAAUCUAAUAUUUUGAAGCAUUAAGAUAGAAUGUCAUGAACUGCAAUAGUUAAAAUAGUUAAUUGUGUAUUGGAUUGGAGGGGAUGUAAUGCUGGCUGUCAUGUGUUUGGGGAAAAGAUAUAUUUUAUACUGUAUUCUUCAUUCUUAAAUAAAUUCUAUAUUUAUUCUAAA